AAAGCGCGCAGUGCUUUCGAAGAGCAACGGUGAAAUGUUUAAACUGCGGUUUGCCGACUCUUUCUUUCUUUCUAGCUUCACGUCGGCGAGGAGCGCAGGGAAGCCUCUGCGAUGCGCUCAACGGGGGACACGUCGGAGUUGAAAUAAGGGAAACACGGGGGCUUGGGUAAGAAAACCGGAAAGCAGAGGGGGAGGUUUUUUUCCUUCGGUUGGUUGGGGCUUUUUUUUCUUUUUUUACGAAGAUGACUGACUGAUGACAAAGAAUACGGGGGCCCUCUGGCUUCGGUUGACACCCGCUAUAUAACUUUACGGAAGACAUUUUUGUGGGGACCGGUGUGCUCUUACUUGCACAGACAAAGAUUUUUUUUCUUCCAUCAUUAUUAUUAUUUUUGGAAGGGGAACCAUGCCUGUCCGGAGGGGUCAUGUUGCGCCACAAAACACAUUUUUGGGAGUAAUUAUUCGGAAAUUUGAAGGACAAAAUAAGAAAUUCAUCAUAGCCAAUGCCCGGGUGCAGAACUGCGCUAUUAUCUACUGUAACGAUGGUUUCUGCGAGAUGACGGGCUUUUCCAGGCCGGAUGUUAUGCAGAAGCCAUGCACUUGUGACUUCUUGCAUGGCCAGUUCACCAGUCGGCACGCUGUGGCCCAGGUGGCCCAGGCACUGCUGGGGUCCGAGGAGCGCAAAGUGGAGAUCACCUACCACCGCAAGGAUGGUUCGAACUUCCUCUGUGCCACCCAUAUCAUCCCUGUGAAGAAUGAGGAGGGUGUAGUCAUGAUGUUCAUCCUGAACUUUGAUUACAUCCUGGAUGAAGGCAGCAGUGACUCGCUGGAGAGACUAAACCAUACCUCACCUUCUAAAGCUGACCAAUGGAAAGGGAGAUUCUUUCGUUUCCGUCUCCCAGCCUUACCUCUCCUGGGUAUCAGCAAGCAGUCCCUGCCCCAGGAAGACCCUGAUGCCGUCAUGGUAGACUCUCCUCGAUACAGUGACGGCUCAGUAGCAACACGUGACUACCAACUUCCCACCACUCGAGAGAGCUGCAGUCCCUCCUACGCCAACGACACCCGAGCCCUCAUCGGCCCCAGCCACUGCUCAACCCCUGUGUCUGGGCCUUUGGACCACUCGUCGCCUAAAGGCCCCUGGGACCGGAUGUACCCGGACCAGGCCGUUGCCCAGACAAAAAACCAGAGCCAAGAGGACACGCUUAUUGCAGCUCCGUCAAUCCCAGGCCUUACUCCAACUGUCUCCAGAGAGAGUAUGUGCAGUAUUCGCAGGGCCUCUUCUGUACAUGACAUGGAAGGCUUUGGGUCCAACUCCAAGAUGGUGUUCAGGGACCGGCAUGCCAGUGAAGAUAAUGGUCGCAAUAUCAAAGUAUCUCGUUCCUGGAUGGCUGGGGGACCACUCAGCCAAAUCAAAUCAAGCCUGCUCGGCUCAACUUCCGACUCCAACCUCAACAAGUACUCCACCAUCAACAAGAUUCCCCUGAUCACGCUCAACUUCUCAGAGGCAAACAAUGAUAAGAAGUGCCCCUCCCCUCCAUCCUCUGAGAAAACUAUCAUCGCCCCUAAAGUCAAAGAUCGCACUCACAAUGUCACAGACAAAGUCACACAGGUUCUUUCUCUGGGUGCCGACGUGCUUCCUGAAUACAAACUCCAGACACCACGGAUGGAUAAGUGGACCAUUCUUCACUACAGUCCAUUCAAAGCAGUUUGGGACUGGCUGAUCCUGCUGCUGGUCAUCUACACGGCCAUUUUCACCCCCUACUCUGCUGCCUUCCUCCUCAAUGACAUUGAGGAGCAGAGGAGACGGGAGUGCGGCUAUUCCUGCUCGCCCCUCAAUGUGGUUGAUCUGAUAGUUGACAUUAUGUUUAUAGUGGACAUACUUAUAAAUUUUAGGACGACUUACGUCAACACCAAUGAGGAGGUGGUCAGCCACCCAGCCAAGAUCGCCAUCCACUACUUUAAAGGCUGGUUCCUCAUAGACAUGGUGGCUGCCAUCCCUUUUGACUUGCUCAUCUUUGGCUCAGGAUCUGACGAGACUACCACUCUGAUCGGUCUGCUAAAGACGGCCCGUCUCCUACGGCUUGUACGAGUGGCCCGUAAGCUGGACCGUUACUCAGAGUAUGGUGCUGCUGUCCUAAUGCUGCUCAUGUGCAUCUUUGCCCUCAUUGCACACUGGUUGGCCUGCAUCUGGUACGCAAUUGGAAAUGUGGAGAAGCCUUACCUGGAACAUAAAAUUGGCUGGCUGGACAACCUGGGGGUGUCAAUAGGGAAAAAAUACAACUACAGUGACCCAAGCUCAGGUCCUUCCAUCAAAGAUAAGUAUGUCACAGCACUCUACUUCACCUUCAGCAGUCUGACCAGCGUGGGCUUUGGGAACGUUUCCCCCAACACCAACUCUGAGAAGAUCUUUUCCAUCUGUGUUAUGCUCAUUGGAUCUCUAAUGUACGCCAGCAUCUUUGGAAAUGUGUCCGCCAUCAUCCAGAGGUUGUAUUCAGGUACAGCCAGGUAUCACCUCCAGAUGCUGCGGGUCAAAGAAUUCAUCCGCUUCCACCAGAUCCCAAACCCACUGAGGCAGAGGCUGGAGGAGUACUUCCAACACGCUUGGACAUACACUAACGGCAUCGACAUGAAUAUGGUCCUGAAGGGUUUUCCAGAGUGCCUACAGGCGGAUAUCUGCCUCCACCUCAACAAGAAUCUCCUCCAGGGCUGUAAAGCAUUUCGCGGAGCCACCAAGGGCUGCCUUCGGGCCUUGGCCAUGAGGUUCAAGACGACCCACGCGCCCCCUGGAGACACGCUAGUUCACAGUGGAGAUGUACUUACAGCACUCUACUUUGUUUCCCGUGGCUCCAUUGAAAUCCUAAAGGAUGACGUUGUGGUUGCCAUCCUGGGCAAAAAUGACAUCUUCGGAGAAAUGAUACACCUGUACGCAAAGCCGGGGAAAUCCUGCGCAGACGUGCGGGCGCUGAGUUAUUGUGACCUGCAAACCAUUCAGAGGGAGGACAUUCUGGAGGUGCUGGACAUGUAUCCAGAAUUCGCUGACCACUUCUUCACUAACCUGGAGCUCACGUUUGACCUCCGUGAUGAAAAUGCAAAGGUGACCUACUCACAAGCAACUGAUUCUAACAUGGAUGACUCCAAGUGUCGAAGACGGGUCUCAUACAGAAGGAAAUCCUCCACAGGCUCCCACAACCAGGACAACAAGGAGACUGCGGUCACCUACUGCGACACAAAGCAGAUGAGGCAGAUCUGUGCUUCCUCGGCAGCUGAGGAGAGGAGAGAGUCUGCUGAGGAACGAGAGGAUGACGAGGAUGAAGAGGAAGAGGAAGGCAGGGAGGAGGAAGAGGAGCAGAGGCCCUUGUGUUCUGGUGUGCUGGGCUACCCGGUGGUAAAGGACCACGCCCUGGGCCUUGGGUUGAACAGUGCUUCCAGUGCACAGGCUGGAGACAACGCACAGAACCAGGAAUACAAAGAGCUCCACCCUAACGAGUGGGUGCAUCAGCAUCCCAGCGAGGCUGCGGAGGAGUCGGCUAACUGCCAGGAAACAGCAGCCAGGGAGGAUGACAGUGACACAGAGCUCACCUAUGGAGAGGUGGAGCAACGUCUAGACUUGCUGCAGCAGCACCUCAACAGACUUGAGUCCCAGAUGACUGCAGACAUCCAGGCUAUCCUGCAGCUCCUUCAGAGGCAAACAGCAGCCGGUCCUCCAGCUUAUAGCACCGUCACCUCCAGCCCAGAGUACCAGAGGCCAGCCGUCAGGAUCCAGCUGGUGUCUGCCAUCGAUGUGAGCCCUGCUCCACCUCAGCCGCAGAGCCCUGGCUCAGAGAGAGCCCUGAACACAUCCAAAGAAACCUCCCCAGUCCUUCUCCAUGCAGAGACUCAUCCCAAUGGGGACUUAGCUGGACUGCUUGAGAAUAACACCAACACUGAGCAGAGAGACAUCUUAGACUCAGCAGAGCAGCAGCACCACCAACAUCCACCGAAUUUCCCAUCAAGCCGGCAAGCCUCUCUACCAGAUGUCCCCAGCAGCUCAGGAAUGUUGGGACUCCACAGGCCAGUCUCCGACCCGGGGCUUCCAGGGAAGUAGCCCCCACCCCCCACUCCGAACCCUUCGACAAUGACUGAAGGUUAUUUCUAAAGCUUGACUCAGGGUUUAAGAAAGAGACUAAAUAUGCAAAGGUUAAAAAAAACUGUAGACUUUCUUCCAUUCCUUUCGAGAAAACCCCCUAGCUCCCUGCUCUGUCCCUGCCCCGUGCUCCGAUUUAGAUGUAUAAAAUCCAUUUAUACAGAGGUAUUUAUACACUAUAUUACUACCACAUGUAAAGUGAUCAUCUACCAUGUACAUGUUUGAAAUAGAACACUGCCAGCAACUCAAGGCACCUAAUGUGCUCUUCCUAAAAGAUAUGCAUGAUUUUUUUUUUUUCUCAUGUUGUCUUCUGUUGCAUGUUCCUCACACACAGUGCAAACCACCAUACAUUCAGGGGUGGCCUCAGCACGCUCACAGACUGCACACAGACUGUAGCUUUCCACUCUCAUUUUCCACCACUCUUCCCUCCUCACAGGAAACAAAGCUACUUGAAACUCUUUCCAAGGCAUUUCUAAACUUAGCACAAAAAGCAUGGAAAUUUGUGUUUGGUCGAUUAUUUCUUUGUUGUAAUAAUCCUUCUUGCUAAUAAAUGUUAUACUGUUGGAAAGCUUGUUUGUUUCCCCUUAAAUAGUGCCACAUUUGUAAGGAAAAUGCAUUUGUGGGUUGAGCAGCAGUGUUAAGUAUGUGUUAAGUAUGUGGGUUGAAACUAUGAAAAACAUGCCAAACCAGCUUAUCUAUUGACUUGUUUGGUGUUGUUUAUUGAAUUAAAUGACUGAAGUCUGAAGAAACAAGAAAUAUUUGCAAUUUGUUAAUUAUAAAACAGGGGCCUCACCUUCCACCUCCUCCUCAUCCUAGUCACCAGCUUGGUAGCACAGUGCUGCGUGCUGGUGCCCCAUUUUACAACCACCAUUUGACCCAAGUCAGCCAAUGUGGUUGUGUUGGUCACAGAAUAAGCUGUUUGGCAAUCACAUACUUAACUUUGCUGCUCAACCCACAAAUGCAUUUUCCUUACAAAUGUGGCACCAUUUAAGGGGAAAUAAACAAGCUUUCCAACAGUAUGACAUUUAUGGACAAGAAUCAUUGAUACAACCAACCAAACACAAACUUCCUUACUUUUUGUGCUAAGUUUAUAUUUCACUCCACAGCUUUCAAGCUCCAAAUGAAUUGGUGCAAUCACAUAUUGGCAAGGAAAGCUGUCUGUAUGUUUAGCGUGCCUAAUGUACACCACAUUGCCAUGACAUAUGAAAAACCAGUUCUUAUUCAGCUCCUAUUACAGGAUGUAAUAUUGAAGUGUGUAGAGGCUGCAUGGAUGUCCCAUAGCACAAUGACAACUUUGUCAAUCUUUGAAAGCAAUAAUGAUGUAACGAUGAGGAGCCACAGUGGAUUUUCUGGUAUGUUUCUAGAGUUAAAUACAUUCUGGAACUAAUUAUCUAUAAGCUGAAGAACAUAGCGUUUGUGCUGUGGAUGAAUUUACUUGUAUAGAGCAAACCUGAUGUAAAGCUUCACACAUUUUAGCUCACUUUAAUUAUUAGAAACAAACAAAAAAAAUUAAGACCACAACAUGGAGAUGAUUAACACCGUGAGGAAGUCAAAAACGUGAAGGACGUUUAUGUCAAGGCUGUUUGGACAAGUUUGUUUUUUGUUUUGUUUUUUUCCUGUGAUGGUUUACAGUGUGAAGCACAGCUUGCUGUCUGGUUGUCCUAUUCUGUUUUGGUAGUGAUCAACGAGACACUGAUAAAAGUCAGCAUGAAUCUUUGAUGGCUGUUUGUGACAGAAAGUUCACAACAUGUAUUGUUUUUUCCAGUCUUUUCAGGAUAAUUCACCAACAGGAACUUUUCCAAAACCUUCCUGUAGCUUAUUAAGCUAGUCCAUUUAAAAAAAACACACAAAUCCAACUUUUACCAGUAGCCAAAUAUAUAAACCAUGAAUAUGCAUGAAAAAGCUGGACAAAGGAUGAGUCAAACACACUUCAGAACAUGCGUACACGUGUUUUUCUCAGAGUAAGUCAAGUUUGACAUGCUGACGUGGAGAUCAGUAAUAAUAUGAGGGAAAUAAAACAAAGUGUCUUGGAGCUUAAAUUUCUUAUUAUUUAAUCAUUAUCACACUGUAGAAAACAGUGGGUGGAGAUUGUGGCGUGACCAAAAUUACUGCAACCUUGGGAUCUUAUUGCUUCUUAAAUAGUUGUUUCGAAGAUGGGGACCAGGUCUGUGACCACUACUGCAGUUAUCUGUGAGGAAUUGCAAUUGCAAUUAGUCAAAACUGCUAAUCUAUUAGCAUCUAGAUGCACAGAAAUUAAAUAGAAAUUCACGUUAGCUAUAUAGAUUCAGAGUCCAGCCAGAACCUUAUAUAUUUAAAACAGAAAUUCCUCCACAAAUUGUUUUUGCAAUAUAGCAGAAUAACUGCAAAAUGACAGGCUCUGAUACAGGAAUAUAACCAGUAUACAACUAGCAGCAACCAGUUGAAUCAAGUGGGCUGUUGCAGAGACUCAUCACAGGAGAGUUGCCCUUAUUGACACGUUGCCUCAUUGCAACAUGUUUGUAGUCCGACUUUAUUCCUAAAUUAGAUAGCAAUUAUAUGCAAACCUUUGCCAAUUUGUGUGAGAGGAUCAGUCCAAGUUUCCUGUUUGGAGACGGGCCAUUGCCCUAUUUGAAGCUUGAGGGUGCUUCACGAUUCAGUGCAAUCACAGGGCAACCAAUGUUGUUGCCGUAUUUCCACUCUAGUGUGACUGAGCCACACUAAAUCUGGUAAAUGCUUUUGAUUUGUGGGAGCUAUAAUUAACAAUAAUAAUAGUGUGUAGUGGUUAUACAUAAGGAUGGGGUUUAUUGGAGGACCUUAUUGAUGCCUUGGUAUUCGUAUUUUUUUUUUUUAACCCCUGCACCUGCUGCCCUUUGCUUUACACAUACAGAGCUCUUGCUUCUGCUGCCCCCCCUCCCCCAUAUUCACUAGUUUUUGAUCUGUUUCUGAUUCUAGAACUGAGACCAACAGAACACAGUUCCCACUAGUGUGGGAAGUUGUGUUUCACACAAGUUCCAUAGUUUUUGUAUGCAAAAGAUCAGUAACAGGAUUGGCUAAAUCCAUUCAUGGUUAAAGAAGGUAAUUUUCCUAAUACACAUGCCCGGUUCAUACAAGAAGAAAAGAAUAUGUGAGAAUAUGUGUACACAUUUCAGUUUUUGUGCACACAUACAGGAUUUAUUAUUAUUAUCUGUAUCUGGAUACAUCAGAUAAAGUGGACUUUGCGUUUACACCUCCUAUUAAAAUUCAUCUUAACUUGGUAUUAUUCUUUCAAACGAAGAGCUCCACUUGUCAUUUUGUCACAGAAAAAUAAUGUUUUAGUAAUAAUUAAAAACUCAAACUGAUUUCCUUGACAUAAAAGUCCAAGUGUUUGAGAAUGAGACUGCUUGAGAGGAACCAGCGUCCCAAAUCCUCUUGAAAGCUGGAAGGAACUGCUGGAGGUUAGUUUCAUUCAGUUGCCUGCUUUACGUCUUCCAUUAUCCUCCUAAAAUAACAUCGUGCCUGUGUGAACAUUAACAAAGCACGAUGAUUAAAAAUCAUCUUAAACAAGGUUUAUUUCAUGUUUUCGGCUGAGGACAGAGCUCAGCCUCCAAACGGCCUUACCUUUAUUCGCCUGCUCUAGCCUUUACAAACAUCAGUCCGACACACCAAAAACCUGCUUCUCCACAAAUGUAAAUGUACCAAACCAUUUUACAUUAGACUGCAUGAUGAGAAUUAGUCCUUUUAAUUUUCUAACUACAUAAAAGUCCAGCACAAGCUCGUGUAUUGCAUGGAGACUGCACUUGAAACAAUUAUAAAAAGGUCUGCGUGACACAUAUUGAUAUGUAAUUACAGCACAUGACUCAUCCGCAGAGACUUGGAAAUAACAGUUACAUCUAUUUUUCUAAAACAAAGUAUUAAUUUGCCAUUAUUUUUCUAUGUACCUUGUUUGUUUCCAAAAGCCCUGCUCUCUGUUGGAAUGCUGUGGACUACUGCUGGGACGAUGAUGAUGAUUAAUGUCAUGCGUAGCCUCUCAAUGUAGCAAGCAGAGAUGGGCAACACUGAAGGCAAUGUGUUGCACAGAGUUUGUUUUGUUUUUUUCCACAUUGAUUUGCUGAUUUUUACUGGGACCUUUCCCUCUGAUCAUUCAGUAUGUUGAAACAAGCAAGUUCAAACCCAGAACUUCGCUGUUCUCUGAAGAGAGCCUGGCUUGCAUUUGAUCCUUUGACUCCACACCCCUCGAUAAUACAUGUAGACGUGAUCAAAAGCUUGGUGAGAUGUGAGAGAAAUGAUGAAAUCAGAUUUGUCCUUCCAGAAGAACCAAGCAGUGAGAGAAUACACGAUUAACAUGGGUGAGAUUAAAGAUCUUUACAGGAUGAUAAAAAUGUUUCCUGCCGUUUUUGGAUAGGAUAAGCUUUCUUUCUCAAGCACAUGUGUAGUCGUACUAGUACUUGACAUGUCCAACACCUGAAGAGGCAUCUAAUGAACUUUCUUGGGAUUUGCAGACUUUUGCACAGAGAUUAGAAAACUUGCUGUACUCGAUAUGUCACUUUUUAAAUCUAGUGCUGUUCACAAUUGUUUUUAUGCAUUUUUUUAAAUGUUUGCCACUGUAUUUUAUACAAUGCAACACUUAACAGCUAAUUUGAAUGUUUCUGUUAACUAUAUUUAAAGAAAUAAAGUAUAUUGUGUAAAUAGACUUGGGGGGGCGGGGAUUCGCAGUUGUAUAAAUAAAUAAACAGAAUGCAUACUGAUUAAAAGUCGCUAUUCUGAUUUUCCAAAAAUUCUGUCAAUGGAUGAAAGGGAAAAGCUGAAACGUUCCCAGCUGGAAAAUCUCAAACACAUGAACAUUUUUGAACAGACUGCAGAUCUCAAUCUACUUUUCCAACACAGUCAUCACUGACAGGUACACAAAUCAGCUCAAAGUCAUGUUUGCUUGGUAAAUGAAAUUUAUAUGCAUCUGGCUUUGUAAAUUGUAUAAAACAGAGGUAUACAUCAGGUUGGGCAAAUGAGAAAACAGCAGCUGACAAAAUCCAUUACUGUCAAACAUUUAAUGUAAAAAGCAAAUGAACAUGUUUUUUGUAACAGCAAUCAAUUGUGACUCGUGAUGCACUUCCUGUUAGUCCUGCAAAAGGUGUUUGGAGCGUACAUUCAGAAAGUCUAAUGGCACAUCAGAGGAUCUUUGUAUUCCAUCUUUAGAUGAUUUAGGAGGAUUUCCAAAAUAGUAGCUUUAUAAAAUAACUUUUUAACAGCGAUACGUUGUUAGCAUAUCUUACAAUUUCUGUUAAAACAGGUGUUUGGUUAUUGAAUAAAAUCUCUUGAAAAUCAAAAAUACAUUUUUUAUUUAGGAUGAAGUCCAAAUCCAAAAAAGUCUUUAUGAUGAAACUCUUUGAAGCCUCUACAUGCAGAUUUUAUGAGAUUACAUUUUUUUUAGUAAACUUUAAGAUUAUAAUAUUUGUGCCCUUAUUUUGAAAGACAAACAUUUCUAUUACAGGCUUUAAAAUAUUGCCCUUCAAUGCUGAUUUAUAAUUUGUGUGUACAUCUUCAGCACACCCCUGUGUAAAAUACACAAUUAAUGCAUUAUAGUGAGCAUUACAAGCAGUGGGUGAAUUUCCUGUUGCCGCACAGUCUUAAGUAUACUGGCCUUCCCUUGCAUUCCCGUGAGACAAUAAUCCAGAA